UCGUACGAUGAUGAUCGUAGAGCCGCUGGGAAUAUGCAAAUGACAGUUUCUGCUUCAACACACAUAAAGAACCCAACGAAAGUGCAAACUAUAAAUAGGAAACUGGUUGCCUCGCCAUCGUUUCAGUCUCGCUUCCACAUUCCCAAGAUGCGUACCAGCGCCGUUUCGAUAUUUUUUGGCUCCUCCGCCGUGCUGCUGCUAGUGAUGCUACUCCCGUCCACCGUAGAAGCGGCCAGCGAACCGGUGUGCACAUAUCGCAACUCCGAGGAUGAGACCAUUUUCCUCAAGUAUCUGCCGCUCCUGAAGCGCGGCCAGGACUAUGUGGACUUUGGUCAGGAUGGCAAAUGCCUGAAGCGUGCCAUCUGUACGGACACCUUCAAGAUACUCGUGGAGGACUGCGUCCAGCACAAGAUCACCUGUGCCAAUAAGGAUCGCUUCACGGGCGUCUUUCCAGCCUGUUGUCUCAAGUGUCCGUAGAUCUAGAGGAGCACAAAGUAUCUAUGAUUAUUUUCUUGGCCUUCUUCUAAUUCUAAAAAUACCAAUACUCACCACAAACAUAUCCUAAAGAAUCGAAUAUUUAAUGAAUAAACUGCAAUGAAACGAUA